GAGCAGAAGCGGCGCGCGUCCAUGGACACAAAUCCCCAACGGUCACAAGGACGGACGGAUAGACACACACACAACAGUAUAAAGAGCCAGCUAGCCGUUACACAUCGGGAAACAGAUCCGCCAUACGCCCAUCCCAUCCCCUCUCCUCACUCAGCUCUCCUCGCCCAAAAUCUCCGCCGUCUGCAGUUCCGGUUGCGAGUCCACACAGCUCAUCACGCUUCCUUCACAAAUCGAACGCAGCCGCCAGCCGGAUGUCGAUUGCGGCGGUCAGAUCCUCGUCCCCGGGCCCGUCGCCGAGGCCGUGCUGCGGCCUCAGGAGGAGCGCUGAUUCCAGCCCCUUCAGGCCCGCCGUGUCCCCACUCGAUUCGCCGCAGAGGAGCUCCUCCGUCUGCAAGAACAGCGGCCGCGCCUCGCCGCGGACCUGGGGCGCGGAGAAGGAGAACGACCCGCGCGACGCGGCGCCGGCCGCGAGCGCGAGGACGCACAAGGUGCGCUCCAGCGGCGGCGGCGGCGGCGGCGCCAAAAGCUUCAUGGCGCCCACUAUCUCGGCCUCCUCCAAGGCCGUCGCGCCGGCUUUCACGCCAAGAAAGAAGGUAUUCGGCGAGCGCAACAACGAUGCCGUCCCUUCGUCGCCAGUGGACCUUGCGCACAGCAGUAAGCCCAGGGCUGCGCAUCCGCUGCUGCCAGAAGAGGCUCUGGGCGUGCCGAGGCGUCUGCGGCUCUCACUGGACGGCGCCUCUGCCCUUCCUUCCGCGGCUGGGCCUGUCGUUUCGCGCGGCGCCCCGUCGUUCGGAGGUGACGAGGCCGCCGUGAUGGUUGAGAAUCCCGCCGUCUCCGAGAGCCACCACGACGUGGCUUUGGCGGACGCGGAGGUCGUGGCAGCCCCGUACGAUCCCAAGACGAACUACCUCUCCCCGAGGCCUCGGUACCUCCGCUACCAGCCCAACCGCCGCCUCGAGAUUUACCGUCAUGGCGGCGGGAGCGUGCGGGGGCUCGAGGACAUGUUCGCUUCCCAGAGCAGCAGCGAGGAGGUCGACACUGCGACCACCACGGAGGAGGAAGUAUCCGGAGAAGGGCAGCCAGAUGACUCCUCGGAGGAGGAGACCUCGGCUAUGGCCCCUCCACCGGAGGCCAGAGCUCAGUCUACUGCUCCGGCCCUGGAUCGCCUCCUGCUGCCGCAGCCCGCGCUGGAUUCGCCACUAGCUCGGGUCCUGACACCGGAGCCGAAGGAGUCUCCGCGAGCUGGUGGCGUCUUGAUACCUGAGCGGGAACGUGCAGUGAGCCCCGCGCGAGCUCGUCCCAAGAAGAAGAGGUCACCAGUGAGGUUCCUGCUUGCCCCUCUUGCUCUGGUUCUGUUGAUGGCUGCAGCGUUUGUCUGUGUUCCACCGCCGCCGGGUUAUCCGGUCAUGCUGAACACCUCCAUGUCAAAGGUGUCAGUCUUACUUUCAGUUCAAGAAUUGCAUCCUGUGGAGUUGGCUGCUAGGCUGAAGCAAUGGUCUAGCAGUUCGUUGGACUUCGUCACGUCCUACUGGGAGGCUAUUGCAUCUUACCAAGAACGACCUGUCCUUGGUCCGCACUUGGCUGCCAAUGUUACUGCUGCUGCUGCAGAAGUAGAUGCAGAUUACGCUGUUGGUUUCUACUACAGUGCUGCUCAGACAAGCCCAACAAGUUUGGAGUUGGGGACUCAUGAUGUUGUUUCAGAAAAUGAUACUGAGAUGAUUGCUGGGCCUGAUGUGGAGGAUCCGGUAACCUGUGAUGACCCUGAUGCAGAACCUAUUGAUGAUAUUGAAAUGGAACAGGAAGAUUUAUCUGAGGUACCAAGUGCCAUGGAGGAGGUGAAUGUUGAUGCAGUAGUAGAGGAGUUCGAUGAUGAGAUGGCCGAGGAAGUGUCUGGUGGUAGUAGUGGAGAAGAGACGGCAGCCUUCAUUCAGAAUUCAGAUAUUCCUUCUCAAUCCACUCCCGAGCCUGAACAGGCAAAGGGCAUUGACGAGGUAUCCUUGCAGCAAGAUGUUCAGACUGAGGAUUCUGAGGAUCAUGCUGAUGGCAAGGAGGAUCAGCCAGCGCAGCAUGGUCAAAAGUUGGGAUCAGAUAUGUGGUCAAGUUACUUGGACAAAGUAUCGGAUCCUGCUGCCAUUGGUGCUGCUCUUGCUGCCAUUAUUGUUGCAGCUGUUGUGGCAUUCCUUUACAUGAGGCAGAAGCAAACUCGUGUUGCCUCCAAUGAACCAGCUGAGCAGGUGGAGCAAGUUGAGCAGGUUGAACGAGUUGAGCAGGUUGAACAAGUUGAUCAGGUUGAAACUCUUUCUGACUCAGGAAGUAGCCAGGGGCAUGUUGUUGCCAAGGGUUCACUGUUUCACAGUCCUGGCGUAGAAGCCUCUGGCCCCUCACAGUAUAGCAGCAGCUUGUCAUCUGGGCUUGGCAGGAGGAGGAAUACCAAGGGUGAAGGCCUUGAGCCAGUAGUGUCGAGGAGAGACUCGACAGCUCAAUCCACAUCAUCUUAUGGUAGUUUCACCACAUACCAGAAGAUCCCUGCCAAGAAAGGAAACAAGGAGGACGAAGCGAUGACCCCAGUCCGGCGCUCCAGCAGGCUGAGGAAUGUGAAAACUCCUGAAUCUUAAGAUUGGCGCAAGCUGGCAUCUGAACUGCCUUUUAGAUUAUUAGAUAAUUGCUAUUGCCACUUUGUUUGCUGCUUAGUGAAGCAUCAUGUGUCUAGGCAAUCAACAGGUUUGCGUGAUGUUUGAUAAACAGCUCUCUGCUGUUUUUACUUCAAAAGAUGAUUAGGACUUGUGUGUUCAGUAUAACUGCUUAAGAUUUAAUUGAUGUUGACUUGCUCGUUGUACUGCUCUCUGUUUGAGAUGAAUCCUCUGUUUUAGAUGAA